UUCAGAUUGGCGCUAGAUUUGGAAGUGCGUUGAAAAGAGAGGAACGGUAUUGCAGCUGUAUUGCAGUUUAUGGUCGUUGAGAAAUGGAAGGUGAAGAUGACUUGGACAUCUUGACCUGCCUCUUGGCAGAGAACCACACGCAGGUUUCAGGUCUCGAGUCCUUCAGCGGCAGUGAUGAGGACCAAGGUGUAAAUGGAGGAGUACACGCUGAGAGAAGAGAACACUGCCCUGGCUUCUCUGUGGAUUCAGAUAGCAUGAAGGACCAGGGCAGUGAGCUAGUCCAGACCUUAGACCAAAAAGCCAGUGAUAAUCGGGGCAAAUUUAAAGCAGAUUUAGAAGCUGAGCUGCAGUUCAUGCAAGAGCACAUGCAGAAGUUGCAACAGCAGUUGGAGGCUUCUUACUAUGCGAAAGCAGCUGCCCAGUUGCCACAAGAUCAGUCUUCCAUGCAGGAAGCCCCAAGACAUGAGCGAGCCACACAGUCCAAGGGCCAGGCACAACAGAGUGUGUGCAGCAAGCUGUCUCAGUCAACAGGGAAAGCAAGUGCCCUCCAGCAUUCCCUGCCUUCAACAUCUACAGUGGAGGUGGCACUGACCACUCUAAAGCAAGCUACACCCUAUCAACAUUCUUUACAGGAUGUAGCUGUAGAAAAGUUUUCUGGCCUCAGGAUCAGGAAGCCCCUCGUGUCUUCCAUUGAAAUGGAGAGAAAGAUGGAGAACCGCAGACUGAUACGGCUGUCACAGUUGCCUGAGAGGCUCGCUCGAGAGAAGUUGGAGGAGAGCGACUGGGUCACAUUUGCUGUAGUUGUUAGCAAAAUCACCCCACAGAGUAACAGCAGUGGCAAGACUUUCAGUAUUUGGAAGCUGAAUGAUCUCAGAGACCUCGACGUAUAUAUAUCCCUCUUCCUGUUUGGGGAGGUACACAAAGAGCACUGGAAGACUGAUCCAGGCACUUUGAUUGGCCUCCUUAACCCAAAUCCAAUGAAGCCCAAGGAAGGUUCUAAUACGGUAUGUCUGUCAGUAGAUCAUCCACAGAAGAUCCUGGUUAUGGGUAUGGCCCAAGAUUUUGGCACCUGUAAAGCUACCACGAAAAAUGGAAACCCCUGCAGCCAGCUGGUUAAUCUGUAUGAGUGCCAGGUUUGCCAGUACCAUAUGAAGGCACAAUACAAGAGAAUGAGCUCCAAACGGAUGGAUUUGCAAUCCAGUUUUUCUGGGAAGGUACCAAGAAAGGCCAGAGGAAAGGCAGCCAUUGGGCUGAAGGAGCGUCUGUGUCACAGCGGAUUUCAUUAUGGGGGUGUGUCCUCAGUGGCAUGUUCUGCAUCUCUGUCCAUUCCACUUAAAAAGAAUCCAACGCAGACAUCUUUGAGGAAUCUGGUUGUGAGGGGAUCAGAGCAGAUAGUCAGCAAAGCAAAGCAACUUGCAAUGAAUUCAAAUGACAUCUCUGGUUGCUCUGAUGACUUCAAAAAUCUGCUGUCGUUGCCAACUCCAGGUGCCCUCAACCUGAAAAGACACUUGAUACAGAGCAACUCCUCGGGUUUGCCUGGACUAACAGGUACAGGGAUUCAGUCCAUCUCUGCUGCUCAGCUCAUCAAACAACAGAAACAUCAGCUGUUGGAGUCCAGGCAUAGGAGGGCAGAGGAAGCCCAACACAGGUUCCUACAGACUGUUCCGGUGACCCAGAUGCCAAAAGGAGUUAAUCUAACCCCAAAACAGCAACAUCUCACACCCAAACUGGGGCGUGGUUUCAGUGAGAGUGAGGAUAUUCUGUUUUUUGACCACGUGUCCUCCCCUGCGGCAGUGAGCCUGUCUGCUGCUAAGUUAGCGGCCUUGAAGAAGCUGCAGGCAAAGGGAGCGGUCAUCUCAAAGGAAGACCCAAAUGCUGUUAAGCGCAAGAGGCCAAGCAUCAGUGACAUUGCUGGAAGAGUGGAAAAGAACCUUGCCUCGCAUCAAUGUGACUCGGAGGUGGACUUGGGUGAACCAGAGCUGAAGAGGCGUCGGGAGUACCUGGAAUAUUUGCAGUCUGAUGAUUUUCAGCAAAUCCUCAAUGCCAAGUCCAAACAUUUAGAGUCACUACAAGCGGCAGAGGUUCAGAUACAGAAAGAGUACUUUGACCCUCUUGUACAGAAAGAGCAGCUUGAGGAGAAGAUGAGGAAUAUCCAGGAGAUGAAAUGCAGAGCUGUUACUUGUAAGACGUGUAAGUACACCUACUUCAAGCCCCUGGACAGGUGUGUGCAAGAGAAGCAUGAGUACAGCUGGCACAAUGCUGUUAAACGCUUCUUCAAGUGUCCUUGUGGACAAAGGUCAAUUGCGUUGGACAAACUGCCACACAAGCACUGCAGCAACUGUGGCCUUUUCAAGUGGGAGAGAGACGGCAUGAUCAAAGAGAAAUCUGGCCCGAAGAUUGGUGGUGAGCUGCUCUUACCACGGGGAGAGGAGCAUCCUAAAUUUCUCAUGAGUAUGAAGUGACAACCUUUCCAAGUCAGAUGAUGAUAAUCAUGGUAUUUUUUCCUGUCUGUUGUACAAGAGAAAUGAAGAAAUGUUACUGCUGUUGUACUGGAAGAAA